UUAACUUGAAGGCUAUAUAAAAAUAGGCAGAGGAAUGGAUUUGGCCCUCAGGCUGUAGUUUGCUAGCUCCUAACUUAUGAUUAUCCCAGAUGAAGAUGGCCAGUAACUUACUGAAAGAAUUUCUUGAGUCUGAGCAAAAGAUUCUCAGACAGACUGACAGAGAGGGAGACAGGUGAUAGACAGAUAGAUAGAUAAUCAUAUAGAUAGUCAGAUAGAUAUUUAUAUAGAUAGAUGAUAGAUAAUUAGAUAGCAGAGCCACCCAGGCGCCCCCGAUUUUUAAUUUUUUGAGGAAGCUUCAUACUGUUUUUCAUAAUGGCUAUACCAGCUUACGUUCCUGCUAGCAGUAUAUAAAUGAACCAUGUAGUUCAGAUCUUCAGACCAAGAGACUCUUUGGGCUCAUAAGCCCCACAAUUAAACAAGUGAGGUCUUUGAAGCAGACAGAUCGGGACUUGCCUCCCUGGGCAUGUUGCAUAAGUAAGCUGAGUCUUCUCUUACUCACCUGCUAAAGGGCCAUCUCUCACAUGGGGGUCAAAUGGAGUAAAUCAGAUGAGUCCUAUAAAGCCCUGAGCAGAGCUUCACCAUCAGUACUAGCUAGUGGUCCAACCGCGGCCAUAGUUUCCUGAAGCCACACGGGUGCAGUGGUCACUUCGAUUUCUAGCUCUCUGACUGCUACAAGUUGGGUCCUCCCUCCAGUAAAUUUUCCUCCACCCUGAAUGUCCUCACAUAUGCUUCCUCCCAAACAUUUUGUCCCAGUGAGUUCCCAAUCAGAAAGAUCAAAGCUCUCCUUGGUCACAUCUCCUUUCCCCACAAUGGGAAACCAGCAUAGCUGAAAGUCAGUUGCACUUGCCAGGAUAUUUUUCCAUUCAGAUGUGCAAGUACUGACAAAGGUACCCCUGGUCAGCAGCGCUGUGCUUCUCAUCCUCAGGAAUCUGCAGUCAGCAAGCUUGGCUGCCCCUUGCUCCAAAAGCCACUAGUUAAGAUGGGAGUUUUGAAUGGAAAGGAAGAUGAGCUUUAUUCUGUUGGUGGGCCACCUGGGGAGAAGGUGGUAGGUAGACCCUUGUCCAAAGGCCAACUCCAAGGUUUCUGCGUGGCCCAGAGACUUUUUUAAAGGGGUUUAGGGCAGUGAAUUCGUUAAGGGAGUGCAGUGGUCUGUAAUAUUUCUUGAUUCCGUGCAGACUCUAUAGUGCCGGUUAUGGAUGUUACUGUGGUGCUCAGAAGUUGUGCAAGAGAUCUGGUUCCUUGGUGCCCAGCAGGUGGUGCAGGAGAGUUUGGUGAGGUGCGGAAGUGCUCCGCUCCUUCUAUCAAGAAUGCAUGAUCCAUGGAUGUGGGAAGAAAGAUUUAGUUAAUCAAUCACGUGGGCUUAAAGACCACUAGGUUGGCCAGGGGGCCGAGGCGGCUUCCAGCUCAGGGAGACUUCUGAGCAGCAAAUCAGCCUUCCAGGACACUGCAGGACAGCUGGGCAGCCCUCAGCCUACGACCAUGAGUGAAAUCACCAAACAUUCCCUGGAAAAUAUCUUACUGCAAUUGAAAUGCCAUUUCACCUGGAACUUACAUGAUGAAGAAAGUUCCUUAGAUGAUCUGGAGAACAGAGUGCGUGACCAGGCACGGUUUCUAAACAAAGAAUUCAAAGCAAUCAUGUACAAUCUGUUUGCCUAUGUUAAACACCUCCGAGGCCAGAACAAGGCGGCUCUGGAAUAUUUACAGCAAGCAGAAGAGUUCAUCCUGCAUGGACAGGCCCGCCAAGGCAAAAUCCGAAGUCUGGUCACCUGGGGAAACUAUGCCUGGGUCUAUUAUCACAUGGGCAGGCUUCCAGAGGCACAGGCUUACGUUGACAAGGUAGGACAUCUUUGCAAGAAGUUUGCAAGCUCCUACAGAAUUGAAUGCCCUGAGAUUGACUGUGAAAAGGGAUGGGCACUUUUAAAAUGGGGAGAAAAGUAUUAUGAACGGGCUAAGGAGUGUUUUGAGAAGGCUUUGCAAAAGAAACCCACCAAUCCAGAAUUCUCCCUGGGACUGGCUAUCACACUCUACCGUCUGGGUGACAAAGCACCAACAGAGAACACCAUUUGCCUGCUAAGGCGGGCCAUCCGACUGAAUCCUGACAACCAGUAUAUUCACGUUCUCCUGGCUCUGACUCUCCAAAAGACCCAGAAACAAGCUGAAGGAGAUAAGCUAGUCGAAGAGGCCUUGAAGAAAACGCCGUGCCCAACAGACGUCCUCUGCAGUGCAGCCAAAUAUUACCGAAAUAAAGGUACUCUGGACACGGCUAUCGAAUUACUUAAAAAGGCUUUAGAAUCGGUACCGAACAACGUCUAUCAACAUCUGCAGAUCGGAUGCUGCUACAGAGCAAAAAUCCGGCAAAUACAGAGGUCAAGGAGGUAUACCACGAAGGAGAAUGAAGAAGAGCUGCAGGAGAUGACGAGACACGCGGUGGAUCACUUUAAGAGAGUUGUCGAGUUGAAUAUUAACCUUCCCCGCGCCUGCUCAGACCUUGCCUGCCUCUAUGCCAUCAUGGGCCAGUAUGAUAAGGCGGAGUAUUACUUCCAGAAAGAAUUCAGUAAGGAUCUGCCUCCAGCGGAAAGACAAGUCCUCCACCUGCGCUAUGGAAACUUCCAGCAGUACCAGCAGCAGCGUGAUGACACCGCCAUCAGCCACUACCUGCAGGGCUUGAACAUCAAUGGGACAGUGACCGAGAAGGAAAAGCUGAUCGUCAACCUAAGAAAAAUUGCCCACAAGCGACUCUCUGAAAACACCUUCGAUGCUGUGGGUUGGCAACUCUCCAGGUUCAUUCGCGAGCUGAAUAGAAAGGGGCACCCGUGGGACAGUCCGCCCCCAGAGGCCGCCCUGCGGGCUGAGAAGGGCAGCGAGGAAAUGACAGGGGGCGCGGGUGGGGCCCACCACCCAGAGGAGCGGAAGGCCCUAGAGAGAGCCUGUAACCAGUCUUCAGGGCUUCCGAGAGAGAAGAGACAGAGCGAGAAUGAGACAGAGGGGUAGGAGGCCUGGCGAGGUGGUCACAAAGGCGAGGGAAACGGGGACACAGAGAGACAGAGAAGCUGCAACUUGCAGGAGCUGGGCCAGAUGGCUGGGCUUUUCAUUUUGCUGUCUCUUUUUCCGGGUUCCCCAAAUUCUCUCAGCCAGACCUGAAAAUGCAGAAUCACUUUUCCUCUGUCCUAUAGAUAUUUUGAGCAAAAGCUCUUUUGAGGGCAAGCACUUGCUUUGGGACCGUGGGACUCUGCUUUAGUCUCAGUUUGCACCCCCCAGCUCUCACCCAGCACCUUGCACUCGGCCUCGCGUACAGUAGGCACUCAACACCGCUGACAGAACAAGAGAAGACAACAUCACUGAGGCCUGGUCCUCUUUCCUUGCUCCUUCUGCUCCCAAAUGAAUUCCGUACAAACCAAAAAUUUAAAUGUUUAAAAAAUAGAAAUCACAAAAUUUCUACAGGAAUUCUUGAGAGGAUUUUUUAAAUCACAGGUCUGGAAGUUGUGAGUAUGAAACAAAACACGAAAGGGCAAAAGUAUUAAGAAAUUCAACCACAUUAAAACACGCUUCCUAGAGGAGGGACCUCCGGAAAGUCGAAAGAUCAAUGACAGACUUAAAAAUACGGUUUUAGUACAUUACCGGGUAAAGGAUUAACUUCCUUAAUGAUGAAACAGAUCCUUUGGACAAAUGGGCAAAGGUCAGGAAAUUAAAAUGGCUUAAACACGUGAAAUGAUUGUCAAUGUUGCUCUUAUUAAGAGCAAAGCAAACCAACACUAUUAAGAGAGGUCAUCUCAGGUCAACCAAAGAAACACCUUUCAAGAAAAGGGUACUAACAAGGAUGUGGGGAAACAGCCUCCAUCAUGCAACGCCAUUGAGAUUAUAAAUCGUGUAGAUGGACGGCAUUUGUUGAUGGCAAUUCGGCAUUCGUGAAUCUUCACCCCAGCAAUUCCACUCAUUAAUCUAUCCUGUAUUUGCAUAUGCAUGCAAAGUCAUGAUUAAAGAUACUCAUGAAGCUUUGUUUAUAAUAACAAAGGACUGACAACAACUCAAAGGUCCAUCACUAGGGGACUCAUUAAUUCAAUUUUCAUAUUUCAUACACAGAACAGCAUGCAGCUAUUGUAAAAACUAAUAAGGUAGUUCUAAAUGUAAAAAUAUAGAACACUAUCUCUGAGAUAUAUUAAAAAAUAAAGAAUAAAAAUGCAGAAGAGUGUAUACAGCGUGCUAACAUUGUUCAAAGGAAGGGUAGAAGGAGGAAGAAAAGCAUAUCACAUUAUGCAUAGACUAUUUGGAAAAGGAUGUAUUUCCUCUAGGGUAGCCUCCAGAGAAGGAACGGGCUGUCUGGGAGUCUGUAUGGGAGGAAGACAUAUAUUUCAACUGCAGAGAUUUUUAAAUUUUGAAUUUGAUACCCAGAGCAUAUAUCACAUUGUCAAAAAUAGUAUGCAACAGAACAAAUUCAAAACAAAAGAUGGUCACGCCAGAAUGCCAGGACCACCCCACUGGUGUCUAUUCUGCAACUGGUUCCUGCUGGGUCCAAGCCACACUAAUCAACGUCUGAAGAUCCCUGUACCUAAUCGACGAGUCUCUGGAUUCCCGGUCUUCCUCCAUGCCUUCAUCUUUACUCCCACCACCCACCCACUCACCUCACCACUAACAUGUACAACGUGUCCUCUGCUCCCUUCGCCGAUCCAUAAUGGUGUCCAUCGCAACUGAUCCUUGAAACUGUAACCAUGUCCUGGACCUUUGCUCUGACUGCUCUCCUCCAACUAUCCCACUCUGCUCUUUCGCCAUCCGUGUUCAGGAAUUUACUUUUUGUGCAACAAACUUCUCUCAAGCUCCUCAAAGCUGUCAAGGAAUGUGAUGAAUGAGAAUGUACCAAGAUGAAGGUCACAACUCUUUAAGUUCGUGCUGCAAUAUUGUGCUUCUGUCGACAGCACUCACCCUGUAGCUGUCUCAUUUCCCCGAGAAAGAGGGAAGAGCUUCAUCCACCCCGUGUGCUGCCAGGGUUGCAGGGCUUGCCCCCCUCUGUCAUUAGAUGGAUGAAAGUUUAACCUUCCCUCAGAUCACAAACUCCAAAGAGUUCACGGUGACGCUUCCCUUCCCUGACACCUAGGGGCAAUCUUAACCGGUGUUGCCUGGCCUUGCAUGUUAUGGGGAUCUCUGCCUGUAGCCCUUUAGUAACUGCAAGAGGAACCCAAAGGAACAUACCAAGUCUGGUUGGAAACUCAAGUAGCCACGGUUUUGCUUCCAGAGAGCUGGUGAAGCAGCCGGUGAGAGAGGUGGAAAAGCUCCUGCUGCUAAGUUCAAAGAGAACCAGAAGUCGAUAUACAUGCAGAGAUGCAUUUCCACACCUCUGCUGUCCCUCAUACCUUUAUGUGGCCUUUUUCAUCUCUCUUUUAUCUAUGAAUGCUUCCGUGAUAAUCAACUUUUAAAACUCUUUAUUCUCAGAAUCAGACACUGACAAAUAUUUGAGGCAUACUUUGAAGGCACUGCUUCAUUGAAUAAAUGCUCUCCAUCGAGGGAUACCAUCAACAGAGGUUCUGUGUGCACACAGGAGUCUCUGGGGCCCAGAAAGUGAACACAGAACCCCAGCCCAUGGCAGAGGACGUGGGAACACGAGAGUUAAUGUCACAAAGAGCGUCCCAGGGGGUGGAGCCGGGGAUAUGGAGAAUGUUGGCAAGGUUCUCAUCAGAGAGCAGAAUCUGGGUCUAAGAAAGAAUCUUCCAAAUGCCUAUCCAGCAGACGUUCACCAUUGCUACUGACUUGUGACCUCUGAGCUUCCUCCAUGUUCCCUUUCUUCAACUGGGAUGUUUCCUAUGGUUCUUGUGCCAAACAGAACACACAGGAGUUACCUAAUCUUAUCUAGUCUUUUAGGUGUUUUUCUCACCAGGCCACAGGAAGCCACACCCUGUCCAUUGAGGGGAACUGUGCAUCACCAAGAGUUCCCUGAGCAUAGCUGGGCACAAUGGUUGCCUUGACUCUGGGUUGACACUCUUGGGAAAGGCCUGAGUAUGUUCUGUGUUUAAGAAGAAGGGCACAUUGUGGGUAUUUAGGGUGUGAAGAGUCCUCUAGCAGAUGUGAGUAGUAUUGAACUAGCCACCAGCUCAUCUAGGUAGAUAAAGCUUAUGUCAAACACUCUUUACAGAGGCAGAGAACAAAAAAGAGGGCCAUUUUUCCCCAUGAAUCUCAAGAAAAACCUGUAGAGUUUUGUUUUAUGGAAUUAAAAGAAUUUUUACUUACAGUCAAAAUAUAAUGUGGUUCUCAUACUUUAUAGCGUGCAUUAGGAUUAUUUGGAAAGUUUACUAACACAGAGAUUCCUUCGCCCCACUCCUAGAAUUUCUGAUGCAUUUUAUUGAGGAUGGAGCCUGAGAAUUUUCAUUUGUGACAGGUUCCCAGGUGAAACUGAAAUUUCCUGGGAUUGAUGUGGCCACGCAAUGAGGAAAUGGCUUUCCGCAUUCUGAGAACAGCAAACAAGGACUCUCCCUUAGGCUAGGCGGAGACAGGGACAGCCUCAGGCCUACAUUUAUGCGUCUGGGUCAAAGAUACAUAAAGAGUUGUAACAGCCUGACUAAUCAGAACUCUCGCUGAGUAAGUUUUAUUUUUCUCAUCACAGACAUAUUACCAGAAGAGAGUUGGUUUUCUUUUCCAGUUUCUAUUUUGCAAUCCUACUGCAUCUUCUAACACGAACCCAGCUGCCAGAGCCGCUGGUGCAACCCUCUAGUGAACGUGAACGCACUAUAUACACAGGCCCUGGCCAUACGGAUUUCUGAAGCGUAACACAGUAGCUCCAGGCAUUUCAAAACACAGCUACCACAUGCUUUCCCUAUGCUUCUCCCCACCUGGUAC